AAUAAGUGCAUGGAAAAUCAAACCAUAAUAACAGAGUUUAUACUCUUGGGACUUUCGGGUGAUCCACGGUUACAGAUAUUUCUCUUCUUUGUGUUUCUAAUAAUUUAUGCCAUGACGAUAUUAGGGAACUUGGUGAUAAUGCUGGUAAUUUGGAUUAAAUCCACCCUUCAUACACCCAUGUUCUUCUUUCUGAGUCAUCUAGCCUUUGUGGAUAUCUGUUAUUCAUCUGUCACUGUCCCCAAAAUGCUAGAAAACUUCAUAGCAAAGCAUAAAACCAUUUCCUGGGAAGGAUGCAUUCUACAGAUCUUCUUCUUUUUCCAGGCUGCUUGUGCAGAAGUUUUCAUUCUCUCAGCAAUGGCGUAUGACCGAUAUGUUGCUAUAUGUGACCCAUUGCAUUAUACCACAAUCAUGAAAAAGGAAAUCUGCAGACAGCUGGUGGGUGGGGCUUGGGUAAUGGGUUUCCUUUAUGCUGUGAUAAAUGCACUGCCUUUGUUAAAACUGCAUUUUUGUCAGUACAAUAUAAUCCGCCACUAUAGCUGUGAAAUUCCUUCCCUCUUGCUCUUAUCCUGUGAUAAGACUCUCAUAAAUUAUGUAAUACUUCUUGCCUCCAGUUUUCUCUUUGGUUUAACCUCCUUCCUCUUCACCCUUUUAUCCUAUAUUUACAUCAUCUCUACCAUCCUGAAAAUUCACUCAGCAAAAGGGAGGAGCAAAGCCUUUUCCACCUGCAGCUCCCAUCUCAUGGUUGUGGUUUUAUUCUACGGGACUGGUUAUCUUCACUAUCUGAAGCCCAGCUCAUCAUCUUCCGUAAUUCUUGAUCAACUCUUUUCCAUCCAAUAUAGCAUUUCUACACCCAUGUUAAACCCCAUUAUAUACAGCUUGAAGACAAAGGAGGUGAAAGAAGCCAUUAAAAACUUAAUUGCUUUUAAUUAA